AUGGAGGCUGUAUACCUGGUAGUGAAUGGAGUGGGCCUUGUGCUGGAUGUGCUGAAUUUGGUGUUGGACCUCAACUUCCUGCUGGUGUCCUCCCUCCUGGCUUCUCUGGCCUGGCUCCUGGCCUUCAUCUACAACCUGCCGCACACCGUGCUAACUAGUCUUCUGCACUUGGGUCGUGGAGUCUUAUUUUCACUGCUGGCCUUGAUUGAAGCCUUGGUCCGGUUCACCUUUGGGGGCCUGCAGGCCUUGUGUACCCUGCUCUACAGCUGCUGCUCUGGUCUGGAGAGCCUGAAGCUCCUGGGACACCUGGCAUCUCAUGGAGCACUGCGGAGCCGGGAGAUACUUCACCGGGGUGUCCUCAAUGUGGUCUCCAGUGGCCAUGCUCUACUGCGCCAGGCCUGUGACAUCUGUGCCAUUGCCAUGAGCCUGGUUGCCUAUGUGAUCAACAGCUUGGUCAACAUCUGCCUUAUUGGCACUCAGAACCUCUUCUCCCUGGUGCUGGCCUUGUGGGAUGCAGUGAUGGGGCCUCUCUGGAGGAUGACGGAUGUGGUGGCUGCCUUCUUAGCCCACAUUUCCAGUAGUGCUGUGGCCAUGGCCAUUCUUCUCUGGACCCCCUGCCAGCUAGCACUGGAACUCCUGGCCUCAGCUGCCCGCCUCCUGGCCAGCUUUGUGCUUGUCAAUCUCACUGGUCUGGUGCUGCUGGCUUGUGUGCUGGCAGUAACGGUGACUGUGAUCCACCCAGACCUCACCUUGAGGAUGGCCACCCAGGCCCUCAGUCAACUAAAUGCCUGGCCAUCCUACCAUAGGCUCCGAGAGGAUGUUGUGCGGGUGUCUCGUCUAGUGAUGGGCUUGGAGGCCUGGCGGCGAGUCUGGAGCCUCAGCCUGCAGCUGGUGAGCUGGCCGAACCGGGGAGGGGCACAUGAGGCCCCGCAGGGUGGCCCUAGGAGGAUGCCCUCAGCCAGGACCUGGAGACAGGAGACUCCUGAACCAGGGUCCACAUCAGAGGCAGAAGAAGAGGAGGUCAGAGUGACACCUGCCCGUGGCCGGGAGAGGCUCAAUGAGGAGGAGCCCAUAGCUGGGCAAGACCCGUGGAAGUUAUUGAAGGAGCAGGAGGAGCGAAAGAAGUGCGUCAUCUGCCAGGACCAGAGUAAGACAGUGUUGCUUCUGCCCUGCCGGCACCUAUGCCUGUGCCAGGCCUGCACCGAAAUCCUGAUGCGCCAUCCCGUCUACCAUCGCAACUGCCCACUCUGCCGUCGGGGCAUCCUGCAGACCCUCAAUGUCUACCUCUGA